CACUCAAAGUCCAGUCCUCCUUCUUAAUGCUCCGUCUCUCCCUAUUCACUAAACCCCUGUCCUUGAUGUUUCCCUAAUUACUAUGACUCAAGACUGGGAAUGAACAGGCAACGGUAACUGGUGUUUUUACGCUAACCUGUGAGCUGUUGGUCGUCCUCCUUCAUUUCAUCGCACAUGCCAGACGUGUAAAAGGCAAGGUUGUUUCUGAAACUUGCAAUGUGAAAGGAACAGUGGAUCGCCUCUUACGGUUUUUUUUGUUGUUGUUUGUUUUUGUUUUUUUACCACUGGUUCUAUUCCAAGCUGCAGUCAUUUAACAGACGUUUUUAAGGAAGAGCAUCUGGCCACCAUGGACGAAGACUUGAACGUCACUGUUGAUCCGGCGUGUCUACAGUUGGAGGCUCCUCUGGCUCUGGACAUGAUAAUGCAGCUAGACACGUUUGGGCUUUCCCUCUAUUCCAUGCUCUCCUUCAUGUCCUUACUUACGCUGCUGCUGUACCUGGAGCAGUGUGUGUACAUUUACAAAAAGGUGCCUUAUCCCAAGAAGACAAUCAUUAUCUGGAUAAGUGGUGCUUCACCAGUCAUCGCCACCAUGGCCUGCUAUGGGAUGUGGGUUCCCCGAGCCGUUAUGAUCACAGACAUGACAUCAAACUGCUAUUUUGCAGUUGUGGUGUACAAGGUUCUGGUUCUGCUGAUUGAGGAGCUUGGAGGCAUGAGAGAUUUUCUACAACGAUUUUCUGGGAAAACCUUCAGGAUCAACACAGGACCCUGCUGUUGCUGCUGCGCCUGCUUACCUCGAGUAUCAGUGUCACGGGGGAUGUUAUUCCUGAUGAAGCUGGGAUCUAUGCAGUAUGCAAUCCUAAAAACCGUUUUCUCUGUCCUUUCUGUCAUUCUCUGGAUGAAUGGCACCUUUCACGUAACUAAUCUAAAAAUCAAUUCAGCAAUGAUUUGGAUCAACCCAUUCGUUGGUGUUCUCCUCGUCAUCUCCAUUUGGCCUAUUGGUAUCGUCUUCAUGAACACCAAAAUCCUAAUGCGCAGUCUGAAAAUUAUUCCCAAGUAUGCUCUGUACCAACUCACACUUAUCCUGAGUCAGCUCCAGACAUCCAUCAUCAACAUCCUGGCCCUGAAUGGACGCAUCGCCUGCGCCCCUCCCCUCUCCUCUUACGCUCGCGGAGCCAUGUUGAGUCAGCAGAUAUUGAUUAUGGAGAUGUUCAUCAUCAGCCUCUUCACCCGGUCUUUGUACCGCAGAAUGUAUGACCCACUUCCCCCUGAGGAGCACGACAAUGAGCAGAACGACAAGGCGGCCCUGAAGGCUGCUCUGGAGGAGCACGACGUUUGAAAGAGGAAGACGGAAUGUCAGCACCCGUGUCUGACAUGAAUAUAGGAGGCGUAUAAGUUAGAAAAUUUGAUAUUUUCAUGUUUUACCUGAACAUGUUUAAGGAAAGGGUGCUUAUUAUUUAUCGAGUAAUUUUAAAAACAACUUACAGGGCACUUUUCAAAGUGAAUUGUUUGUAGUUUGUUAUCUUUGUAUUUAGGUGAUGGAAUUUUCUUUCUUCAUAAUUAUAAUGGGGAAUUACUUCUGAGUAUAUUUGAGUCCCCCCUACAACCAAACACAAACCCACUACCCCAAUACCACUACUAUGAGAAAAAAAACUGUAACUUUUCAGUCACUAAUUUAUCAGACCAACUAAAAAUGUUGUUUGUGUAUUUAGUUUUGAACUUUACGAAUAUAAUUUUUUAGACGCCUCAGUUGGAUUUGAGUAUUUUUCAGAUUUUCAGCUAGACAUGAUUACCUUUGGGUCAUAUUAUUGAAAAAACACACUGUGGCAUUUAGUUACUGACCAACCUCAGCCUUAUAUCUUCGCAAAGUUCGUACUCAAAAGAUAACUUGUUUCGUGGGCAGCUCACUUUAUGACUUCAUGGUGAAUGUUGCCUCCCCCAGGACAUGCUGCCCAGGGCAAAAAGCCAUCUCACUCAUGUCAAAAACACCCAUUAAGGUUCAGGGGAACAGUAUUUUUGGCCAAUCAAAAUAUUGAUCUACUGGAUUCUUUUGCCUUUUUCCUUCUUAUGUAAAUUUCUCUCAAAUAUUAAGCGAUAUUGACGUCUUUUUUUGAAGUUCAUAAACGGACAACAUUUGGGUUUACAUUUGAAUAAAGAUGACUUAUCUAAAAUGUAUUUAUAUUUAGUUAUGUGCCUGAGUGUCUGCGUCAGUAAGAAAAUGUGACUAUGAGGUGCGAUCUAAAAUGGCGACUAAUUUUGUAUCAAAGUGGAAAAUGUACUAAAAAACUUUUGUUUUUUUUAUUUUAUUUGUUCAUUAAAGUUUAA